AUGCUGCGACGGUGGUCGAAUUGCGCUGCUGUCUUCUUAGCGGCUACGGCUGUGCACACCACGCAGCGCGAGAUGCACGGAAAGCCGACACAGUCGCACAAAGUCCGCACCCAACACAGCCGACGGUGGUGGACACAGUCGAAGGCCCGUCACCUCACAGCAAUGCCACACGAUGAGUGUAAGUCCCGUCCACACUUCCCUGCCUAUAACGAGGAUGUAGAUCGCCCCAUGUUGGUACCGGCCGGUGCAACUUGCUUCAAUUGCGAGAAGCCUAUUGACGAUAGGGACGUCAACAGCUACGUCUGGAUCCCAGCUGGAAAUGCCACGGUUCCAACGACGCAGGGGUACUUCUUUCACUUCAAAUGCUUCAAGUGUUGGAAAUGCAAGUACCGUCUAAUACACAACAAAUUUUACUCCAAGGACGGUAGGGCGUGGUGUGUUGCGUGCGCCCUGGGAAGGGACAUUCGCGUGCCCACGCGCCGUUGGCACACUUCCUACGUGAAUACACAUCGCACAGGCUCUAGAAUGUCGGGUCACUUUUUCCCACGGCACCAACAUCAGAUGGCAUUUUUGCUUGAUCCUAAUGAAUAG